AUGAGCCACACUAAGUCCCGCCCUUUCACACUAGACCCCGCCCCUCUCUCUCUAAGCCCCGCCCCUCUCAUCCUACAGCACCUGGACCCCCCGGGGACCUACGCCAGGGUCCUGUUCGUGGACUUCAGCUCUGCCUUCAACACAAUCCUGCCAUCCCUGCUCCAGGACAAGCUCUCCCAGCUCAACGUGCCCGAUUCCACCUGCAGCCCCUCCCUCAUCAUUGCCAGUCUCAGCCCCUCCCUCAUCAUCGCCCGUCUCAGCCCCUCCCUCAUCAUCGCCCGUCUCAGCCCCUCCCUCAUCAUCGCCCGUAUCCGCCCCUCCCUCAUCAUCGCCCGUAUCCGCCCCUCCCUCAUCAUCGCCCGUCUCCGCCCCUCCCUCAUCAUCGCCCGUCUCAGCCCCUCCCUCAUCAUCGCCCGUCUCAGCCCCUCCCUCAUCAUCGCCCGUAUCCGCCCCUCCCUCAUCAUCGCCCGUAUCAGCCCCUCCCUCAUCAUCGCCCGUCUCAGCCCCUCCCUCAUCAUCGCCCGUAUCAGCCCCUCCCUCAUCAUCGCCCGUCUCAGCCCCUCCCUCAUCAUCGCCCGUCUCAGCCCCUCCCUCAUCGUCGCCCGUCUCAGCCCCUCCCUCAUCGUCGCCCGUCUCCGCCCCUCCCUCAUCGUCGCCCGUCUCAGCCCCUCCCUCAUCGUCGCCCGUCUCAGCCCCUCCCUCAUCGUCGCCCGUCUCCGCCCCUCCCUCAUCAUCGCCCGUCUCAGCCCCUCCCUCAUUGUCGCCCGUCUCAGCCCCUCCCUCAUCGUCGCCCGUCUCCGCCCCUCCCUCAUCGUCGCCCGUCUCAGCCCCUCCCUCAUCGUCGCCCGUCUCCGCCCCUCCCUCAUCGUCGUCCGUCUCAGCCCCUCCCUCAUUGUCGUCCGUCUCAGCCCCUCCCUCAUCGUCGCCCGUCUCCGCCCCUCCCUCAUCGUCGCCCGUCUCAGCCCCUCCCUCAUCAUCGCCCGUCUCAGCCCCUCCCUCAUCAUCGCCCGUCUCAGCCCCUCCCUCAUCAUCGCCCGUCUCAGCCCCUCCCUCAUCAUCGCCCGUCUCAGCCCCUCCCUCAUCAUCGCCCGUCUCAGCCCCUCCCUCAUCAUCGCCCGUCUCAGCCCCUCCCUCAUUGUCGCCCGUCUCCGCCCCUCCCUCAUCAUCGCCCGUCUCAGCCCCUCCCUCAUCAUCGCCCGUCUCAGCCCCUCCCUCAUCAUCGCCCGUCUCCGCCCCUCCCCUCAUCGUCGCCCGUCUCCGCCCCUCCCUCAUCGUCGCCCGUCUCCGCCCCUCCCUCAUCGUCGCCCGUCUCCGCCCCUCCCUCAUCGUCGCCCAACAAAGUGCCGGACCUUGGGGGACCGACAUUAG